AUGGCCCCAGUUAUUACUAGACUUCAGAGCUAUUCCAGCAUUGAGGAAUAUGAUGAACAGAUACCACUUGGAGAAUAUUUAUUUUUAAGGGUAUGUCAAAUCAACCCUAGGUUAAAAUCAGUCUUUGGUAUUCCAGGAGACUUCAAUUUGAAUUUGUUGGAACACUUAUAUGCGGAUUCGUUGUUGCGUGAAAAGGGCGUCAAAUUCGUAGGACUUUGUAACGAGUUGAAUGCUAGUUAUACGGCUGACGGAUACUCCAAAAUCAUUCAGGGAUUGUCGGUAUUGAUCACGACCUUUGGCGUGGGUGAGUUAUCAGCCCUCAAUGGGAUUGCAGGAGCAUUUGCAGAAUAUGCACCAGUAUUACACAUUGUUGGUACUACUUCAACCAAACGUGCAGAUUAUGCAAAGACAUGCGGAGCUCAGGGAGUUCAAAACUUCCACCACUUAGUACAGAAUAAGAAUUCCUUGAUGGCCCCUAAUCACGAUGUUUACAAACCGCUUGUGGAGCCUUUUUCUGUUAUACAAGAAAGUUUGACCAUGGAUGGGUUUGAUAACGAGGAAAAUCUUAAAAAAAUAGACAGGGUUUUAAUUAAAAUCUGCCAGGAAAACAGACCCGGAUACCUUUUUAUUCCUUGUGAUAUUCCAGAUAUUACUGUCUCUAAAGCGAGAUUGGAGGAGGCAAUUAUCACCCAAGAAUUGGCUGAAGAUGAUAUCGAAUCGAAACAAUUAGUCGAAAAUAUCACCGAUAGGAUUUUGGAUAAGCUUUAUCAGUCUUCUAAGCCAUCCAUUAUUGGCGAUGCACUUGUAUCUAGAUUUCACUACGAUGAAGUAUUCACCAAGUUUAUUAGUAAGCUCCCAUCAAACUUUGUUAAAUUAUUCACGACCAACAUGGCUAGAAAUAUUGAUGAAACAUUACCUAAUUUUGUGGGUACGUAUUUCGGGAAGGUUUCGCCUACAACCGAAUUACAAAAGAAUCUUGAACAAGAUACCGACUUGUUAAUCGAUUUUGGAUAUUUGAAUGUUGAAACGAAUACCGCUGGUUACACAAGAGAUUACAGCAACAUCAAAGAUUAUAUUGAAAUUCACCCUGACUACGUGUUCAUGGAUAAUGAAUAUAUUGCUGUGAAAGACACAGCAACAGACAGGCGUAGAUUUUCAAUGGGUGACUUGAUCCAAUCGUUAAAUCAAAAACUUGAUACUACCUGUUUCAUUAACAACAACAAAUUGAUCAAUAAUAUUUCAUAUAAAUUCACCCCACGAAAGUGGCACACAGAUGACGCUACUAUUGACCAAUGCGUUGUACCUCAAUCUAAAUUAAUUGAUUUCUUUAACGAUUACUUGCAACCAAAUGAUAUCUUGAUGGUUGAGACUUGCACAUUUUUAUUCGCAGUACCAGAUUUAAAAUUCCCUCCAGGUGUGACAUUUUUAUCGCAGUCCUUCUAUGGCUCGAUUGGAUACGCAAUACCAGCGACAUUGGGAGUUUCUCUAGCAGAAAAGGACUUGGGAACAAACAGAAGAAUUAUCCUUGUGCAAGGUGAUGGUUCCGCUCAAAUGACAGUCCAAGAAUUGUCUACAUUCUUGAGACACGAUUUAAUUAAUCCAAAGAUAUUUUUGAUUAACAACGAAGGGUACACUGUUGAAAGAAUCAUUAAAGGACCAACCAGAUCUUAUAAUGAUAUUCAAGCAUCCUGGAAAUGGACUGAAUUGCUCAAGAUCUUUGGAGAUGAACAUGGAGCAAGACAUGUAGCUGCGACGUUGAAAAAUGCGGCCGAGCUCGAAAAUUUCAGGUCCCUUCCAAAUAAUGAUAAAAUCGAGCUUAUCGAGCUUAUUAUGGGUAAAAUGGAUGCUCCAGAAAGAUUUUCCUAUAUAUCAGGAAAUAAGCCUCCUGUUGCAUCGGUUCCUCUUCAGUGA